AUGGUUUCUGUGGCUAUGUCUUGUGUAAAAUACCUUCUUUUUUUCUUUAACCUGUUAUUUGCGUUGACAGGUGUUGCCAUUUUAGUUAUUGGAGGACUUUUGCAAAGUGUUUACCACAAUUAUUCACAAUUUGUCAAUGAAAACUUCACAUUUUUACCAAUUUUAAUUAUUGUUACUGGAGCUGUAAUUUUUAUUAUUACAUUUUUCGGGUGUUGUGGAACUGUCAAAGAGAAUCACUGUAUGAUAUCAACUUUUGCAUCACUUUUGCUAAUCCUUUUUGUAAUUGAAUUGGUUGCUGGAAUUGGAGCAUUUAUUUUUCAUAAUUACCUCAAACAAAUUAUUGAAAAUCGCAUGGAAUCAAGCUUAGAGCAUUACGAUUCUGAACCUGACAUUAAAAAGUCAUGGGAUAUACUGCACACAGAUUUACAUUGUUGUGGAGUUAAUGGUACUGCAGAUUGGAAUGGGAAAAUCCCUCUGUCAUGCUGUCCGAUUGUGAAUCAAGAUGAACAAUGUACACAAGCAGAUGCUUAUGAAACUGGAUGUUUUGAAAAAAUGUAUCUUUUCAUUAAUCAGAAUUCAUUAAUUUUGGCCGGCAUUGCUGUAGUGGUUGCAUUCAUACAGCUUGUGGGAGUUUUGUUUGCUUGUUGUCUGGCCCAUUCCAUUCGUAAAGGCUAUGAAACGGUAUAA